AUGUCCAUUUUGCCCAUCUUGCCCGCGUUCAUCUCUCCACAGUGCUGGCAAGACAUUCGCAAAAGCUCCCUAGGAUCGCGAAGACACGAUGCGCGCAAGACUUUUGCUCAGCGCGAUUUUCGUUGCUCGAUUUCUCUGGUUCUUCAACGGGGCUUUCACAGUUCCUUGAUUCUCCUGGCCGAGUCCAAGUCCAACAAGCCUCCCACCUAUCGAAGAGUAGAUGAGAUUUGCGACAAAGUCGAGAAGAAGGUGAGCGAGUCCUGCAAGAAGCCUGAUCUUUGCCGUCAAGAAAAGGUCGAAUGCAGGAGCGAGCAAUUAAACAAGAAACAGAAGGCGAAACCAAAGAUCGAGAAGAUCGCGGAUCCGAUGUGCGCGAAGACUUGCUUCGCGAGGGGCAAGUGUGAACUGCCACGGACUGUUCCACCGCCAAAGAUGGAGUACGCGAAGGUGACGUGUCCUCCACCCAAAUACGUGAAGCCUGAUCCGUGUCCACCGACGUUGGAGCAUCGUGAGCAAGAUGGACAUCAUAUAGAAGUUAGACAAGUCACCCCGAAGAAAGCGAUUUGCACCCCGCCACCAUUGCCAAAGCCACCCUGUGGCCCCAUCCUGCUUUGCCCCUGUCCACCGCCGCGCAAAGUACGCCCUGGCCCGUGUCCGUGUUACGAGCACAAAGAAGUUGUCAAGACACGUCCGGUGCAGCCGUGUCCAUUGAAGAAGAAAUAUCCGUGUCCCGACGCGGUGCACAUUUGUCCAAUGGAGAAGAAGCCAUGCAACCUGAAACGCAGCAGCACGUGCGAGCAUAGGAAGCGAAGGGAGACACCGGCAUCUUGA